CUCACUUCACCCCUUUAGUCUCCUCUCGCAUUACUAACCUACUAAGCGACAUAUCACCAUGGAUGUCACUCCACUUCCUCAAACUCAAUCUUUCCAAAACUGAGCUCUUAGUAUUCCCUCCAGCCCGUGCCCCCUCCCCUGACUUCUCCAUCAGGAUCAAUAACACAAUCAUCAGUCCUUCCCCUCAUGCCAGGGUACUAGGUGUAAUCCUAGACUCCCAUCUGUCCUUUCAACCCCAAAUCCAAUCACUGUCCAAAUCUUGCUAUCCCCUCAUCAGUCUAUCAUGAAUGCUGCUGCCAGACUUAUCCACCUUACUAACCGUUCCAUAUCUGCCAUACUUCUAUGCCAAUCCCUCCACUGGCUUCUCAUUCAGUGUCCUCCAUCCCUCUCUGCCAGUCCCUCCACUGGCCCCCAUUCAGUGUCCUCCAUCCCUCUCUGCCAAUCCCUCCACUGGCUUCUCAUUCAGUGUCCUUCACCCCUCUCUGCUAAUCCCUCCACUGGCC